GUUGUUGUUGUUGUUGUUGUAUCCGACGAAGCUCAUUAUUCUUCUUCUCCGAUUAGAUCCGUUGAAGAGACCAGAGACUCUUAAGGUUUUGCUGGGAUUCAUAUCAUAGUGUUAUUGUAUAGUGCGAGAAAGUUAAUCGAUGAUGUUGCAGUCGCAUUCAAGGUUUCUCCUUCAGACGCUGUUGACGCGUGCUCAGAAUCUUGAUAAAGCAGUGGAGCUAGAUUAUCAAUGGAUUGAGUUCGAUGAUGUUCGUUACCAUGUUCAGGUGACAAUGAAGAAUCCAAACAUUUUGUUGCUAUCUGUUUCAUUACCAAACCCUCCACCUGAAGCAAUGUCCUUUGAUGGACUUCCAUUGGGAGCUAUAGAAGCUAUUAAAACCACUUACGGCACGGGGUUUCAGAUCCUUGAUCCUCCUAGAGAUGGAUUUAGUCUUACCCUGAAGCUCAACUUCUCCAAACUUCGUCCUGAUGAAGGGUACAGAAACUCGUUAUUAACGAAGCUAGCUUCCAUUAGAGAAGUAGUAAUGGGUGCGCCGUUAAAAAUCAUUUUGAAACAUCUAGCUUCAAGGACGGUUGCUCCUGAGCUGGAUAGGCUUGUAGCAAUUAUGCAUAGACCUAACGAGACUUUUUUCCUCGUGCCUAAGGCGGAUAAAGUCACUGUGGCUUUUCCUAUGAGAUUUAAAGACUCUGUGGACACAAUUCUAGCUACUUCUUUCUUAAAGCAAUUUGUAGAGGCGAGGCGUGCGGCUUCGCUUAGUAGUGCUCCUUCUUGCUCGUGGUCUCCAACAGCACCUCAGGAAUUAGAAGGAGCUCCUAAAGAAACACUAUCUGCUAAUGCCGGUUUUGUUACUUUUGUCAUAAUGCCUCGGCAUGUGGAGGGUGAGAAGCUUGACCGUACUGUAUGGAACUUGUCAACCUUUCAUGCUUAUGUUAGUUACCACGUCAAGUGCUCAGAGGGAUUUAUGCACACUAGGAUGCGGCGUCGUGUGGAGUCUAUGAUUCAGGCUCUAGAUCAAGCUAAGCCAUUGGAGAAAACAAGAUCCAUGAACAACAGGUCAUUUAAACGGCUAGUAAGUUUCUAA